AUGACUGAUAUGGAUAUUAUGAGUCAAGCGUCUGUUUCGCUGCUAUCUGUGCUCCGUGACACUAUUUACCGAACAUGCGCAGACCGCUCGGCCUUUUCUCAGUCCAGCGGAGUCUUAAAUCCGUCCUGUGACUCCGCUCUCCCAUUUAACAGUGGGCGAAAAGUCAGCAAAAUGGGCUUUGUCAAAGUUGUGAAGAACAAGGCGUACUUUAAGAGGUACCAGGUGAAAUUCAGGCGAAGGCGAGAGGGUAAAACGGACUUCUUUGCCCGCAAGCGUCUGGUGAUUCAGGACAAGAACAAGUACAAUACUCCUAAAUACAGGAUGAUUGUACGAUUCACCAACAGGGACAUCAUCUGCCAGAUCGCCUAUGCCAAAAUCGAAGGGGAUAUGAUUGUCUGUGCUGCCUAUUCCCAUGAACUACCCAAGUAUGGAAUUAGUGUGGGAUUGACAAACUAUGCUGCAGCCUAUUGCACUGGUCUGCUGCUGGCCCGCAGGUUGCUGAAUAAAUUUGGAUUGGACAGCGUGUACGAAGGCCAGCUUGAGGUAACUGGUGACGAGUACAAUGUGGAGAGCAUCGAUGGCAAGCCUGGUGCCUUCACUUGUUACUUGGAUGCCGGUCUUGCAAGAACCACUACUGGCAACAAAGUGUUCGGCGCCCUGAAAGGAGCUGUUGAUGGUGGACUGUCCAUCCCUCACAGCACCAAACGUUUCCCCGGUUAUGAUUGUGAGAGUAAGGAGUUCAACGCAGAGGUCCAUCGCAAGCACAUCAUGGGCCAGAACGUCUCGGAGUACAUGAGCUAUCUGAUGGAGGAAGAUGAGGACGCCUACAAGAAGCAGUUCUCUAGGUUUAUCAAAAAUGGCGUUACUCCCGACAAGGUUAAUGACAUGUAUACCAAGGCUCAUGCUGCUAUCCGGGAGAAUCCUGUGCAUGAAAAGAAACCCCUGAAAGAAGUCAAGAAGAAGAGGUGGAACCGCGCCAAGUUGUCUCUGGCUCAGAGAAAGGACCGCGUUGCUCAGAAGAAGAGCAGCUUCCUCCGAGCACAGGAACAGGCAGACGACAGCUAAAGUGUUGCUUCCAAUUUUCAAGUCAAAAUACACUUCUAAUAAAUAUAUUGGAAAAGACA